AUGCACAUGACAUCGGCAACUAUAGCCCAGUCUUCUUACUGUCCGUCAUCUACAAGCUCUGUACAAGAGUGCACGAUUGACCACAUUCACGCUGUUUCCAAACUCAUCGAGGUAUCACGAGAGUACAAGAUGCCGCUCCGUCUCACCUUCAUCGACUUGAGGAAAGCCUUCGACUCAGUUGAGACGGAAGCGGUCAUGGAAGCCUUGAACAACCAAGGCGUCGCUACUUAG